AACAGGAAAUAUAUUUCUUAACCACGCCCACUGAAUAUUAAUAAAAUGGCGGUGUAUCUGGACUACAACGCAACUACUCCUUUAGCUCCCCAGGUCAUUGACGCCAUUACAGGAUCUAUGAGAGAUCACUGGGCCAACCCCAGCUCCAAUUAUACAGUUGGGAAGGAAUCUAAAGCUGCAAUAGAGAAAGCAAGAGGGCAAGUUGCAAAGUUGAUAGGAGGAGCAAGUGAAAAUAUUGUAUUUACAUCUGGCGGUACUGAAAGCAAUAAUAUUGUAUUUAAUUGUAUUUUAAGAGAAGGGGAAGUCCCUCAUGUUAUUACAAGUACAAUCGAACACGAUUCUGUAAUCAAGCCACUGAAUCAUUUAAAAGAUAAUGGAUCAAUAGAACUAACAUGUGUAAAGCCGGUAAAUGGGUACAUCAGUGUAUCUGAUGUAAUGAAUUCAGUGAAAUCCAAUACAAGGUUAAUAUCAAUCAUGUUAGCUAAUAAUGAAACUGGAGCAAUACAGCCAGUGAAGGAAAUUGGUGAAGUCAUCAGAUUGUAUAAUAUUAAUAAUAAUAAAAUUGGACAAGAAAGAAUAUUAAUACACACUGAUGCUGCUCAAGCAUUAGGUAAAAUUAGUGUUGAUGUUCAAGAAUUAAAAGUUGAUUAUCUAACGAUUGUUGGUCACAAGUUUUACGGCCCGAGGAUUGGAGGACUUUAUAUUAAAGGACUGACUAGCAAUGAAACACCUUACAAACAUUUCUUUGCUGGAGGGGGACAAGAGAGGGGAUACAGACCAGGUACUGAGAACACUCCAAUGAUAGUAGGACUUGGAACGGCCGCUCAGCUGGUAAGUGAUAGGUUAAUACACCAUAUGUCUCAUCUAAGAAGUAUUUGUGAAUAUUUGAGAAAAAGACUAAAGGAGAAAUUUGAUGAUGGAGUCCAUUUUAAUUCAAGUGACUCAGACUGCUUGCCUAACACGUGCAAUUUCUCAUUGACCGCCUCCCAUUUACUGCAAGGUCCAGUUAUACUGAGACAUCUUAAAUCAUCGCAGAUAAGUCUUGGAGCUGCUUGCCAUUCACACGAUACAUUUAAGGCUUCGUUUGUUUUAUUAGAAUCAGGUGUUUCGGAAGAUAUUGCGUUAAAUGCGUUAAGAGUUAGCGUAGGAAGAGAAACAACAAGAGCUGAUAUUGAUAUAUUUAUUAACGAUCUGUCUCAAGCAGUUAAUGAUAUAAUAAUAAAAUAAGUAAUUAACAUUGAUAUAGCCACGCCCAUCAAUCAAA